AUGGCUGCCGGACAGUCAGCAAUGCAGCAACUUCUGGCUGCGCUGCCCAAAUGUGCGGCCGCCUGCGCCCAGUCCAUACUCCCAUCCUCGACAUGUUCGUUGACCGAUAUCGCGUGUCUUUGCGCCGAUGCGCCUAUCCUCGGUCGGAUCGAACAAUGCAGCACGGCCAACUGCACAGUUAUCGAGGCCCUGAGUGCCUUCAAUGCGACACAGACCGCAUGUGGCGUCACUCCGAGGGAUAUGUCACAUACAUAUAUCGUCGUCGUGUCGAUAUUUCUUGCCCUGGCAGUUCUAUUCUAUCUGAUCCGUCUAUCCGUCCGUCCGCCGUUGACGCCGGGUUUCCGGGUUGACGAUGGCAUUAUGCUGGUUGCGACGCUGACGGUUGUUGUCUUCACGGCGCUCAAUUUGCAAGCUGCGCGUCUAGGCCUCGGAAAGGACAUAUGGAAUGUCGUGCCCGACGAUAUUGAUAUCGUUUUGAAGAACUUCUUCAUCGGCGAAUUUCUGUACAUCUUCAUCAGCGUCGUCACCAAGUUGGCCGUCUUGGCUUUCUACCUCAAGGUCUUCACGCAACCGUACUUCCAAAAGACCGCAUACGUCGUCAUGGGCCUAUGUUUCUCCUACUUUGUCUCGUACAUGUUCGUCCUCGGCUUCGAAUGCACGCCGGUGUCGUUCUUCUGGGAGCAGUGGCGGGACCCCUCUGCAGGAAAAUGCAUCGACAUCAACGCCGGAGGGUGGGCAGCUGCUGGAAUCAAUAUCAUUCUCGACGUAGCCAUCCUCGCGAUGCCGGUGCCCGUCAUCCUCAGGCUUGACAUCUCUCGACAGCAGAAACUUCAAGUGCUGAGCAUGUUUGGAGUUGGAUCAUUGAUAACCGUUGUCAGCAUCAUCAGACUGCAAUCGCUCAUCAAGUUUGCCAAAGACUCCAACGUCACAUACCACCUUUACUCCGUGUCGAUCUGGAGUUCACUCGAACUGUACAUCAGUAUUGUGUGCGCCUGCAUGCCUGCGACCCGUCUGUUCCUCCAGAAAUGCUGGCCGUCGCGGUUCGGCACGUCGAAGGAACACGCACGCUCGUAUCUGCGCCAGUCGAGCGCGUCCCACGACGGUGGACGCAGUCAUCAUCAGCAAGCUUCACCUCCUCCUCCGACUCGGCCGCCGUUCCAGCCAAUACUCAGUGUCCACCCCACCGACCGCAUGUACAUGUCGAAACCCGACGUCAACGUCAACCAAUUCGAACCUGGACGACACGGCGACAUGGAGCUCACGGAUUCCGACGGCUGGAUGGCGGCUUCGAGGGGCGGCAGAGCAUACAUGUCGACCAACCACGCUGGGAGGUACUGA